UCCUUCAAUCUUCAAUCUAAACACCCCCUUUGUCUACUCCCCUGCUUUUUCACCGCAAUUGAUUUCAAUAGCUACUGACAUUUCUGCGUAUUUCCCCUUAAAUUCGUGUUCAUUGGAUUAUAUUUGUGAUAAUUGGGUGAUUACUGAAUUAAUUGGUCAAGAAAUGUACAGGAAGAGGGAGAGAUAGAGAAGAUAAAUGGGGAUUUGUUGGGGUUCUCCAGUUGAUAAUCAUACUCCUAGUACCACUGGACAUUUCAGUUCAGUUAUAUCCCAGACAACCAGUCUGACAACAUCAUCAACUAUCAGCAACAUCUCCAAGAACAGUCAAUUCUCUGCAGCAAGUGGAGAUGAAGUUUUUCCACAUGGACAGAUUUUGCCCUCUUCGAACUUGAGGGAGUAUAGCUUGGCAGAGCUCAAAGCUGCAACCAAAAACUUCAGAGCUGAAGCAUUGCUUGGUGAAGGAGGUUUUGGCAAGGUUUACAAAGGUUGGCUCGAGGAGAAGGGCCUUGGAAGGAAGGGAAAUUCGAUGGUUAUUGCGGUAAAAAAGUUGAAAUCUGACAGUGUGCAAGGACUUGAGGAGUGGCAGUCAGAAGUGGGCUUCUUGGGAAGACUUUCUCAUCCAAAUCUAGUGAAACUAUUGGGUUAUUGUUGGGAGGAUCACGAGUUACUCCUUACUUAUGAGUUCAUGCAAAAAGGAAGCUUGGAGAACCAUCUAUUUGGAAGAGGAUCGGCAGUUACGCCACUCGGAUGGGAUACUCGGCUUAAGAUCGCUAUAGGUGCUGCUCGAGGGCUAGCGUUCUUGCACACAUCAGACAAGCAAGUAAUUUAUAGAGAUUUCAAGGCUUCUAAUAUUCUGCUUGAUGGGUCAUAUACAGCAAAGUUAUCCGACUUUGGCUUGGCGAAAUUGGGUCCUUCAGAAAGCAAAUCUCAUCUGACGACUCGAGUUAUGGGCACACAUGGUUAUGCUGCUCCAGAAUACGUUACCACAGGACAUCUGUAUGUCAAGAGCGAUGUAUAUGGUUUUGGAGUCGUAUUGAUUGAAAUGUUGACUGGUUUACGUGCUCUCGACGAAAAUCGUCCAACUGGGCAAGAACACCUCACAGAAUGGAUAAAACCAUUCUUAUCAGAGAGAAGGAAGCUGAAAAACGUGAUGGACUUCCGGUUGGAAGGAAAAUAUCCAUCCAGAUCUGCAUUCCAAGUGGCUCAGCUAGCUCUACAAUGUAUUGAGCAAGAGCAGAAAAACCGACCAUCGAUGAAAGAGGUGGUCGAGACAUUGGAACAAAUCGAAACUGUGAACGAGAAACUGAUCGAGACUGGUAACCGUGCUUCCCGUCUGGCAUCAAAUCGCAAUGCUCAUCAGCCACUUCACCAUAAUUCUCCACUUCACAUGAAGCAAUAUGGAGGCCAUGCUAAUCAAACACCACCCAGAUGCCGAUAGAUUCUCUUAUCCCACUCUGAUUUCUUCAUUCAUAUGUUUCUUUAGAGAUGUUAGUUUGAAAGUUCAUUUUCUCAGUUGUAAGAUUGUAAUUAAGUACUUCUUAGGUUGUGGAUGUUGGGAGUUAGGACAGUUAUUGCAUGACACUGGAUUGUCAAGUUUGUUUGAUCUUUGAAGUCCAGCUUUUCUUGUUUUCUUUUGUUAGUAAAACUUAAAUUGUUUUAUCUGUACAAGAAACUAAGUGGCAAAACUGAUGAAGCCAUAUUGUCUUUUGUAAUUAGAGAGAGAAAGAGAGAGAGAGGUUAUAACCUAAUUAUUUUGAUUCAAUACACAAUUUACAAAUCCGCUUAUAAGA